AUGACCUAUCAAGACACCCUCCGUCGCGUCGCUUUGACUUCAAAAGGGGAGUUAUAUCAAUGGAAAUUGCGCGACAAGGUACCUCAAAAGGUCUUGGGAUCCGUACCGUUUAAAAAGAUAACGGGAAGCUGCGAUUAUAUUUUUGCCCUCACUGGAGAAGGAGAGCUGCACUAUUUGGACGUGGAUAUCCCAUCGUGUUCGUGUGGGUCGCCCAUCAUAAAGAGACUCUUCGAGGAUCACAAAAUUGAAGAUAUCGCGCCAUCCUGUAGUGGAACUGAAGACGUCGUCGUUGUCGAGUUGAAGAAUAGGACACGUUUUGUGUUUUCCUACUGUCAUAAAGACGACCCCAACUGUUAUCCAUACCCGUUAUUUAAUAUUCUUACAUUGCCAAGAACUGAUGCGUCAAUGGAGGAACUUUAUUUUCAAUAUGGUGAAAUAAGUUACCGGACUAUUUCGGCGCAAAUUGAACCACCGCCACGACGCCGAGUGAGCGAUGACAUUUGCAACUUGUGGGAAAAUAAGAAACAUGUCGACGUUACAUUUUCCGUGGAGGGGAAGUCCAUCACCGCGAACAAGUGUAUUCUUGCCGGAAGAAGUGAAUAUUUCGAAAUUAUGUUUAGCAAAGAGUGGAACGAGGAGAAGGGAGGAUCUUCGACGAUUAUGGUCAAGGAUACAAGGCAUGACAUAUUUGAAGCACUACUCUUCUACAUUUACAGUGACAAGGUCAAAUUCCAGGAGGACGAAUAUGAAAAUAUUUUUGACCUUAUGAAAUUAGCUGACUCUUACUGCGAAGUCAGUAUUCGUCAUGAAUGCGAGAAAAUUCUGAUCAGCAACAUCAACGAGGAAAAUGCUUCCUUUUUUGCGAGGAACGCUUCCUCCGCGAACGCUUUAACUUUGGAGGAGAAAGUUAUCAAAUUUAUUGUGGAUAAUCAACUCCUCGCAGGCAAUUCGUCGCCUCAGGAGAUGAUCGACUCGGUGGGAUUGGACGCCUUCCAAAAAAUCUCGGUAUCCUUGCCUCAUCAAUAG